AUGCGCAACCCCUUCGAGUUGGACGAAUCGAGCGUGGACGGCGACUCGGAGCCUGGCAACGAGUUUGUGGACCGCCCUGAUUUCCACGUCCAUGUCGAACCCGAACAGACCGAUGAUGGCGACCGUUCCAUCUUGCAGGACGAGGACCGCCGCGGCGACGACCUGAAGGAGCGUUUCAUUGGUACCAUUGACCAGGGUACCACCAGUACGCGAUUUAUCAUCUUCGACUGCACUGGCGUACCCAUCGCCAAAUACCAGACUGAGUUCCGUCAGAUUCACGAGCAUCCAGGAUGGCACGAACAAGAUCCCUACGAGCUGGUGGAGUCCGCCUUUAUCUGUAUGGAAGAGGCGAUGAAGUCAUUCCUCGCUUUGGGCCACUCACGAUCCGAUGUCGAGGCGGUCGGUAUUACGACGCAACGAGAAACCGUCGUGGUCUGGGAUUGGGAGACUGGUGAGCCGCUGCACAACGCUAUCACAUGGACCGACACUCGUACCAUGAACCUGGUGCGCGAGCUCAAGGAGAAGCCGGGUGCCGACAACCUGGUCAACCUUUGCGGUCUGCCCCUCUCCACAUAUCCGUCUUCCGUCACAUUACGAUGGAUGCUGGACAACCUGCCAGACGUCCGAAAGGCAUACGACGAAGGUCGAGCCGCCUUCGGUACGGUGGACUCGUGGCUGAUCUACAAUCUCAACGGCGGUGUCCAAGGCAAGCGCCACGUCACCGAUGUGACCAACGCUUCGCGCACGAUGUUUAUGAAUCUCGAGACCCUUCAAUACGAUGAUGAGCUUAUGAAGUUCUUCGACAUUGACGCCAAGAAGCUUCGCAUGCCUGAAAUUCUCCCUUCCGCCGACAAGGAGGGCUUCGGCGAGAUCUGCGAGGGUCCGCUGGACGGAUGCCGCAUCACCAGCUGUCUGGGUGACCAGGCAUCCGCGCUGGUCGGCCACUGCGCUUUCACUCCCGGAACCGCAAAGAACACUUAUGGUACCGGUUGUUUCCUUCUUUACAACGUGGGCGAGAAGCCCGUCAUUUCCAAGCACGGUCUGCUGGGCACAGUCGGUUUUCAGCUGGGCCGAGAUCGCAAACCCGUCUAUGCCCUGGAAGGCAGUGUGGCGGUGGCAGGUAGCGGUGUUUCCUUCCUGAUGAACAACAUGGGCUUCUUCCGCGACUCGCGAAAGGUCAGUGAUCUGGCCGCGACUGUUCCGGACAGUGGAGGCUGUAUCUUCGUUACUGCGUUCAGUGGUCUCUUCGCUCCUUACUGGAUCGACGAUGCGCAAGGAACAAUCUGGGGUAUUACCCACCACACACAGCGUGGACAUAUCGCCCGCGCAACCAUGGAGGCGGCAUGCUUCCAGACCAAGGCUAUCCUGGAUGCCAUGGAGAUGGACAGUGGCAAGGCAUUGACGGAACUCGCCGUGGAUGGCGGUAUGAGUAAUUCCGACAUUUGCAUGCAGACCCAAGCGGAUAUCAUUCAGAUCCCUGUCGAGCGCCCCGCGAUGCACGAAACCACCGCCCUUGGCGCCGCCAUCGCCGCCGCUUUCGCGAUCGACGUGUGGAAGGACUUUGCCGACCUCAAGUACAUGAACCGCGCCAACCGCGCCACCUUCAACCCACAAAUCUCCCUCAAGGCCAGCAAACGCAUGUACAACAGGUGGUCCAAGGCGGUCGAGAUGUCCCGUGGCUGGAAGAACGAGGAAAUCCACGAGUCCGACGGCGAGGACGAGGACCCCAAGAAGGAACCGCUCGCCGGCAAAUAA